UAUUAAAAGUCCAAACUUGGCUCUCCUUAGAGAUGGCUGAUUAUGAAUUCCAUUAUGUUCACAUGUUAGCCCAGGACUACUUGAUGCAUGUUCAACAGAUGCCCCAACUGGGAUCAUGUCUAAAUAAGACAUCUCAAAUACUACAGAAGGUUGCUUUCUCUGUCCAAGAAGAAGUUGAAAAGGAUAUGGAAACAUGCUUGAGCACUUUGGACAUUGUUUCUGUAGAUUCUGCCAGAAGAAUUUUCAAUAGUGUUAUGGAAAAGGAAUUCGAAGACGGCAUCAUUAACUGGGGACGGAUUGUCACCAUAUUUGCUUUUGGGGGAAUUCUCAUCAAGAAGCUUCUGAGGCAUACAGCUCCACUUACUAUGGGCACUCAGGAAGAAAUUUCUCAUUUUAUUGCUGAGUUCAUAAUGAACAACAUAGCAGAGUGGAUAAGACAAAAUGGAGGAUGGGAAAAUGGCUUCGUAAAGAACUUUGAACCUAAUAUGGUGUGGCCAAACUUCACAGAUAUUUCAACAAAGAUCUGGGGUAUAUUUUCCCUUCUGAAGUAAUCCUUUUUGACUGAAAAGAAUUAACCUAUGUUGUGACACCUGCCUAUCCUAAAACGUUGACUAACACAAGAAUUCGAGUCUUGACUAGGAUUUACUUCUUUAAGGCAACUUUGUGGACAUGACCAGUCCUUUGAGGAAUCUAUGACAAUUUAAAAAAUCAGCGCUUUUAUUAACCACCUGUGGGUGUAUGUCUAUAAAUUUGGACUCAACCUAUUUUGCUUGGAGUAGAAGCUUUAACUUCUGAGUUGGUAGAAGUUCUGUGUCUUAUCCUUUCAAUAAUAUCUUCAACUGACAGGAACUCAUCAAGUCUCAAACAUCAUUAGCAGUGAACAUUUAUUGAUAUGCUACUUCUGUAUACUACUGUACUAUGUUGUAAUCUUCCUUGAAGAUAGAGCUGAUUAUGAAUGACUCUCAAAGGAUUACCAAAUAAAGUUCAGCUCUUCUCCACAGAAUCCAAUGCCCUACACACUCUGGUAC